ACCAUGGAUCAGGACCAAACAUAAGCGCAGGAGCAGUUGCGCUGUGGCCGCAGAAAUAACAGUCCUUCGGACGCCUAGCCUAACCGGGCUGUGGCAUUGGACACAUCUGUUUUCUGUGCUCUGACAGCUCUUCCGAUGCUGUCAUCUUUUCCUCCACCUCGCCCACUCUCUAGGUAAAAUGUAUCGUAACGGUUAGCCUACAUGCAAUGGUUGCGGUAGCUAGAAAUCAUUGCUCCAGUUUCCUAAGACAUUAGUAGCUUGUCAAGUCAGUCUUGCUUCUAAUGUUAGCGUGAACGCGUUCAGGGAACAUAUUUUUUCGGUUUAGUUAGCCAGUUACAGUUAGCCAGCAAGCUAAUUCAGUUAGUCAGUUCAAUAGCUUGCCAGAUGGCCUGCAUAACGUGAAAUGGUUGUCUAACGUUAAUGUUUUUUGGUCUAACCAACCUAUUUAUGCAUGUGUCAACAUGGGAUAAUUUAACGUCACUACAAAAGUUCAGUGACGGGUCUGGUCUAUACUCUGCGACAGCUUGCUAGUUACCUUGGUAGAUCAGUAUCUGCAUCGUCAGUCUUAUGAUGGGCGUUAGCUGUUUCUUUUCAUCAAUCUGUGAUGUAACGGUCAGCUAGAUAUUCUGCACAGAAUUGCAGUUUUAUUAUUUUACACAGGGCAGAAUCGCUGAAUAGGGUGUGGGCGUCAUGACGUAAUUACUUUGCGUGGCCGCCAUGUUGAUUGCCUCCUUUACCGCUACUCAGACUACUGCCUAUGACUACUGCCUGCUAUACUCCCUCUCAGCCGUGUUUUAAUUUGAUUAAUUUCACCUUAACUUGAUUUCAACCAUGGUAAACCGUUGCUGUAUUGUGGGCUGUAACAGCGCAACACAUGAUCGCCAAGGGAAAAAGAUAGAAAAUGGGUUAACUUUCCACCGCUUUCCUGCCUGGAGGCGCAACCACGGAGACCAAGUGUCAGAGAUAACGAAGAGUCGUCGGCUCGCUUGGAUCGCGGCUGUAAGACGACCGAACAUAACUUUCCACAGUAUCCCGAUGUCGAUGAGAGUGUGUUCCCUGCAUUUUCAUUCUGGAAAACCAGCAAAUGAAAUGUACAACUCGCAUCCGGAUUGGGCACCAUCACGACACUUGGGCCACACUGAGAUGAAGGCCACAAAGACUGCACGCUAUGAGAGACAGGAAAAGAGAAAACGGCAAAGGACUGACAGUACACCUGCGAUGGAUGAGACAGUUAUUGAUGACCUUGUUCCACCAGUGGAGACACCAGCACCAGCAGAGGAUGGAGCUGACCAGACACUGCUGACAGAAUGUGACUUCUGUCAGCGCCGGCGUGCUGAAAUCAACCGGCUGCUGGAAGAGAACAGGACCCUGAAAUGUGAGCUUGGCCAGAGAAAAAUGGAUGAACAUUUCCUGAAGGAUGACAACGUCAAAGUGAAAUACUACACUGGACUUCCACACCUUGAAGUUGUCAUGGGUGUUCUAGCCUGUGUUGGACCGUACAUGACACAGAGUAGUAAAGUACUGUCACCUUUUCAGAUGCUUUUCCUGACCCUCAUGCGCCUUAGACUAAACUUACCUAUACAACACAUUGCCCACCUCUUUUUUGUAGACAGAAAAACUGUUUCCAAAACGUUCAGCGACACCAUAAAUGUUCUGCAUGCACGCACCAGCCCUUUGAUUAACUGGCCAGGGCGAGAUGCGUUGCAUGCAACUAUGCCCCAUCAGUUUGUGGAGGCCUUUGGGAAGCGUGUUGCUGUUAUUCUGGACUGUUUUGAAAUAUUUAUACAGAGACCAUCAAAUCUUAAAGCUCAAGCUCAGUCAUAUUCCCACUACAAACACAACACAACUAUGAAGUUCCUCAUUGGUAUUACACCACAGGGCUCAAUUUCUUUCAUUUCCAAGGGAUGGGGGGGACGUGUCAGUGAUAAGCACGUAACUGAUAACUGUGGGAUUCUGGACAAACUGUUACCUGGGGAUUUGGUGUUGGCUGACCGCGGCUUUGACAUACAGGACAGUGUGGGACUUAUGUGUGCCGAAGUAAAGAUCCCAGCUUUCACAAAAGGACGCUGUCAGCUGGAUGCAAGAGACGUGGAGAGCACAAGAAAAAUUGCCCACCUCCGAAUUCAUGUGGAAAGGGUGAUCGGAACCGUCCGCAACAAGUACACCAUUUUGUCAGCUAAAGUACCUAUUCACAUGGUGUUGCCGUGCAAGGAUGAAGACAUGACAUUUCUUGAUAAGAUUGUGUCUGUAUGUUGUGCUCUGACAAACAUGAGCCCUAGUGUUGUGCUGAAAUAAAUGUGCAUCUGGUUUCUCCCUUAUCAUUAUUGGUUAACUUUAAAAUUGGUUUCAACAACUUCAUUCUGCUGUUUCUGCAGUACUGUAUUAACACAAAGAAUGUUGAUCAAUAUUGAAUUGACAAUUUAUUUG